CCGAAGGUUUUUAGCGCCAUCUAUCCUAAGACAUAGUACUCACGGUAAAAUCACGUGACCAAGAAGCAGUGAUUGGCGCAUGCAUUGACAAUGCUGUAGGCUUUGUUGGCUUUGUGCUUGCCAUUUCUCGUUGCCAUUUUGGUGUUUCGAGCGUUCAGCUUGCACUUCGCCCUUAUCGUUUCUUCUGUUUUGGUGCCGCGUUUCACCCGUGCGCUUCACCAUGUCUAGAAAGCGUAAAGCGUUAUCGCUGAAAGAAAAACUCUACGUCCUAGCAAAAGUCGACGAAAAUCCGCAGAAGAAACGUGUCGACCUGGCACGCGAACUUUGUUUGCCUGUCUCCACGCUGAACACGAUCGUCGGCAAGCGAGAAGAAAUUCAGAAGAACAUUCAAGUCUUCGGCGCCGGCGUGAAGCAAACAAGGGGCGCCCAGCAUGGCAAGAUGGAAGAGGUUCUUCUGGCAUGGUUCAGGGAAGUAAGGGCGGCGGGCGUGAACGUGGACGGGACAGUUGUUCGCGAGAGAGCUGAUGAGAUAGCACUCUCAUUGGGCAUCGAAGAUUUUAAAGCUUCGGGCGGGUGGCUCCAUCGUUUUAAAACACGGCAUGGCCUGUCGUAUAAAACCGUUUCCGGCGAAGGGAAGUCUGCCGACCAAGAUCAGGUCUCCAACUGGCUUUCGACUCUGCCGGCGGUGAUUGCUCAGUACCAGCCAAGGGACGUGUUCAACGCAGAUGAAGCUGGGUUGUUCAUCAAUCUUCAGCCCGAGAAAAGUCUCAGCAUAAAAGAGUUGCUCACAUUUCUGGAUGCCCGGAUGCGUGCCGCGAACCGUAGAAUUCUUCUGGUUCUCGACAAUUGUGCCGCGCACCCUGUCGAUACUUCGUGGCUGCAAAACGUAAAAGUAAUUUUCCUGCCGCCCAACUGCACCAGCCACUUGCAGCCCCUAGAUGCAGGAAUCAUUAGAAACAUGAAAUUUCACUUUAGGAGCUUGUUGAUCAGACGCUUUUUGGCCAAGAUAGACCGGAAAGAUGCCAGCUUGAAGGUGGAUCUUCUUGAUGCCAUCCAUUUUCUGGCGAUGUCAUGGGAUCGCGUCAAACCUGAAACCAUCGCCAACUGCUUCAAGAAGUGUGGCUUUUUUUGUGCACCUGGCGAUACUGAGGAAAAUGGAGAUGACGGCGCAGAGAUUGACAUCCCGGACUGGGGUGACCUCAAUGUCGACGCGUCUCCGGAAGAGUUUGUAUCGGCGGACGACCAACUGGCGACAUGUGAAUUGCGCACCGUCCAAGACAUCAUUGCAGAUGUUACCGCUGAAGAGGAGAGCGACGACGAUGACAACCAAGACGCCGGAGAUUGCAGCAGCGAUCGUCGGCCAUUAAAUACUGACGGUGCUCUCGAAGCUUUGGACGGGCUUCGUGGCUUUGUCGCGUCUGCGGAGCUCAGCGAGGAAACUGCUACUCGUUUUUACGAGUUCCAGAAAAGCUUGCUGCAGGACCUCGAAAAGCAAAAAGUGCAGCGCAAAGUGACGGAUUAUUUUAAAGUGCUUUAAUAAAAGCAAGUUCUGUGCCAAGUAUGUAUUAUUCGCGAUCUUUUGGAGUCCGUUUUGGAUAAUACGAUUUUUGGAUAAUACGUUUUUAUUUUCGGUGCCCGUGAG